UGCAGGCUGCUCGGGAGAGCAUGUGCUGGCAGCAAUCUCCCAUUGAUGGACAGAGAAAUGACAGGCCCUUUUCUCUCUCCUCUGUCCUGCUGCAGAUAAAUUCUUGUAGCAAAUCUUCAGAGUAAUACCACCAGAAACGUCAGCGGUGGCUUCAGAGAAUCCUCCCGUUACGUCACAACCAGUGGCGUUCAUCACAAGGCAUACUGACAGGACGCGCCACAGGCAGCCUUUCCUACUUGGUUGCCCAAGGACAGCAGCUCUGGGAUGGGCUGCUCCUCGGGCCGUCAGCCCCCGGCUUCAGUCCUUCACCCAGACCUGGACCUCUCCUACACCAGCGAGGUCAACACUUUACCCCAAGACUCUAACAACCAAAACCAGAGCUUGAACGGCUGCGGAGAAGAAGCCGAAGGCGAGGACGGCCUCGGACGGGGGAAGUCCAGACCCCCAGAGUCUCUCCACACACUCGAGAGGCUGACCCAGGCCACGGGUGGCACGGAAAAGUCCUGGUACCGCUGCGUGUUCCCGUUCGGUGUGAUCUCCCUGGUGAUUGGCAUGGCGGGCACCGGGGUAACGUUCACCUUUAACACCCUUCCCCAGACUAAAGUGGUGUCCGUUGCACUGCUGUGCACUGGCGUGGUGAUGCUGAUCGUGGCGGCCGUUUGCUGGAGGGCCCACAGACUGAGAAGGCGGAAAAAGAAGGAAGGUGGAUUCUUCAUUGCCGAUCAGGGUACUUUGUGACAGAGGGGGGGGGACUGAACUGUUGUAGAGCUGAGGCUGGGUUUCUUCUCACCACUCACCGAUGAAGACUUGAGCCACGCUGGUAUUAUUAUGACAACGGGACUUUGGGGGGAUAUUAUUUGAGAGAUACUAUUGAGUAUGCAGUCACAAAGGUAUCUCCAUUGUGAGCAGACACACAGGGCAAACCUGGCCCGUCACUUUUCAUUCCGUUUCAUUCUGAAACCUGGAAUCUUUAUUCAAGAGUAAACGAUCAAGAAUUUCACCACAUCAUAACUUUCAGUAAAAAUAUCAAGGUUUUAUGAUAGCUUAUUUAUUCAUUCAAAGAUGAAAGAAAAUAUAGUACAAAAACAAGUGUAUCUUUAAUUUUCAUAUUAUAAAGAAUAUGUGUACUUUUUGUUACACUUCAGCUCUUUAGAGUAGCACAGGUGUAACAAAGCAGUUAAAUAGCAACUGGCUGCGGUAGUCAGAUGCUGUACAGAGAUUCCACCUGUGGGUUGUCAACAGUUUUGCCCCCCUC